AUGCGGAGAGUUGUUCCCAAGGUGGAGUGCAAGGUCUUGCAUAACAGUCACAUCAGUAGUCGAGCCCGCAUUCCCACACGCUAUUUGAGCGCGUUUGACUGCGGAAAUCCGUCUUUUGGGGCUCGUAGAAUCCCUUCGGGCGGGAUACAAGUGGGUCUCCCCACACUGAUUUUUGUCCUCGGAAAUGGAGUGCCUGUCGCAGAGCUUCUUGGUGUUGGUCUUUGA